UUGCACAUUAUUCUCCUUGAAGAAUGUAUCAAAGUAUGCCCAAUAUGUUUAAUACAUAUUUACUUUUUAAAUAAUACAAUAUUCAAGUAUUUGCAAUAACUUUAAUUUUUUUUGUAAUACAAUACAUUCAUAAAAAAAAAGUAAAUAAUUAAAAAAACCUUAAACGCUCUUUGUUUUGCUACUCCAUCAUAGAGAAAGGCAACAGCGCAGGAGCUGCAGAUUAAUAUCCGUCCAUCACUCCAUUGAAGUUUAGGAAUGGUGGUGGAAUGUGCGUUGACUAUGGCUGAACAGAGGUCAAACGAUUCAAUGCUGGAAAUGGUCAAUCUCCUGCUCGAGGCGGCAAGAUAUGCUGAAAUUGAAGAUAUAAAGAGCUUAGUAUCAUCUGGUGUAUCUCUUGAUUCAAAGGAUUCACAGGGCCGAACUGCACUUCAUAUGGCUUCAGCCAAUGGGCAUCUUGAUGUUGUAAAGUAUCUCAUUGGUAGUAAAGUGGAUGUCAAUGCAUCUAACGAGGAAAAAAACACACCUCUUCAUUGGGCUUGCCUUAAUGGUCACAUUGAGGUAGUCAAGAGCUUGAUCCUUGCUGGAGCGAGUGUGUCAGCGCUGAACAUCCAUGAGAAGACUCCACUGGAUGAGGCGUUGAUCGCAAGGAAAUUGGAAAUUGUCGAUGCAAUCAACCAAGCAGUGAUAGAGUUUGAACUUCAACGUGCAACUGUCUCUUAGCUGGACAUUGCUGUAUCAAUCUUAGUUUUACUUUAUGAGUAAGCACUAUAGUUCAGGCUCUCUAAAAGGAUGUGAUAUGUGGUUUUGUCUUGGAAACUUGAAUGUUUCAUCAAAUUUCGCAAUUAUCAAGCAGUAGGCUAUAAAAUGUGUUUGUUUGAUGCUCAAAGAAAUGCGAUGUCAACAAUGGGAAAUUGAACUGUAUUUUACAUCAAAUUUUGCAAUUACGUAGUGGUAGG